UUGAUUUCGCAGGAACUUUUCGUACGGUAGCAGAGGGAAAAGAUCUGCAACGUAAUGGAGGAGAACGACCUCUGUUACCCCUUUUUUGGCGGUGCAGUGUAAUUUCUUUUUGGUUAACCCUCUUCAUCAGUCAUAACUAUGGGUGGUUGUAUGGGAACAUCUCGAGAUCCAAGCAUAAGAGUCAGCUCUGGUAGCGAUCAAUUUGGUAGUACGCCAGGAGUUACUUUGGGUCGCAAUCAACCACUGAAGAAAGAGAGACCGCCAUGGACUUCUGAAAUUCCUCUUACAGAAGGCCAACUCCGUAGUAAAAGAGAGGAGUUUUGGGAGACUGCGCCUGCUUUUGAAGGGCGGAAGGAGAUUUGGGAUGCGUUAAGAGCAGCUGCUGAAACGGACGAUCAUACUUGGGCGCAAGCAAUUGUAGAUGGAGCAAACAUUACUCUUCCCACAGGAUCAUUGCAAGAUGCAUAUGAUGAACUUGGUAACAGAUAUGUCCUCCCAGUUUAUUGUGUGAGCAAGCCAACAAAUUUAAUCAGAGAUGAAGAUGUUAGUGGUGAGGCCAGUGCAGAAGUUGAAGAUGAUGACUCAGUGCCCACAGGGGAAGAACUGUAUAUUAAACUUCGCUUGUCCACUGGCAAGGACCUUAAAAUGACUGUAUAUACUUCAGACACUGUCCUUAAAAUUAAGAGAAAGCUUCAAAAACUGGAAGGGAUUGAGCCAUCCAAGCAGAGAUGGUUUUAUGCAGGGCGAAUGUUGAUUGACAAGACCACAAUAGGAGAGGCGAAAAUUCCCAAAGGUCAUGUUGUGCAAGUAAUUUUGCCGCAACCUACACCUGUUGAAAACUAAAAGGUUGUAACUCAAGGCAGGCAUUUUUCGCUGCUACAAACUUUUUUUAUGUCCUAUGAAGUGUCAAACACCCAUACAGAAGAAUUCUCAACCAGGAGCCUGUUUCAGGCACUUGGUUUAGUGAAAAACAGCCUAAAGGAAAUUAAGUGAGAACAGGGUAUGCCUGCCAAUUGCCUGGAACAACUGAGAAGUUAAUCACAAUGUUAUUACAAGAAUGUUAUACUUGCCCUCAAGCAUCAUCUUCUCCCGAAGGACAUACCCAGCUUUUACGAACAAUGCACACUUGAAUGUAAAUCAGGCCAUCCCUUUAAAAUGUUUUGUUUUUCAUCACCAUCAUCCCUUUCUUGAAAGUGAGUCAAUUGUUGGGCAAAGAAAAGUAACAAAACAAUUAAUGAAGGUAACUUGAGUUCAAGUUCCCUUUCACUCCCAAAAUCCCAUUUUUAUCUAGUACUUAUCUUAACUGUCUUAAGUACAGUUCUAAAGAUGCAAAUUUUGAGAAUUUGGUAUUGGAUCAACUAACAAUUAGCUAAUUAAGACUUAUUCUUUAUUCUCAUCACUUGUCUGCCUGAUAUUGUACAGAUAUUGUAAGGAGAAAUUCUGUCUUAAUCACUAAUUGGAGUUAAAGGGUUAAUACUUUUGAUAUUAAAUACAAGCUAGGACAUUAGAAAAAACAAAUUGUGUUUAAAUUUAAGUCUUAAUCUUUAAUAUGUGUUAAAUUAAAAUUAGCAAGAAAAAGAAUUGUGUCGAUCAGUUAAUGUGUCAGUAUAUUGCACCUUGUUAAUUUGUUAAAAUAACAUGAGGUUAGAUGAUAGGAUGGUAAAUAUUUGAACCCUUUAACUCCAAGAUCUAAUGAAUAAUUCUUCCUAUGACUGCCAUACUUUUCCUUAUAAAUUAGACAGGAGAAGUUGGUCUUAUUCCAAAGUAACACCCUCUGGUUGAUAAGCUUCUCUGUUCUCAUAACCUGUAUACAAGAUAACUUGUUGGAAUGGUAAGGAGAAGUUAGAUGUUAUUAACUUCUGGGAAUCUCUUAGGGGUCAAAGGGUUAAGAGGAUGGCCUUACAUCACUAAGGACCAGUAAUCUUAACAUGAAAAAUGAACAUUUGAUGCAGGAAGGAUGUCCAUGUAUGGCUGAAUACUAACUGGGUAUCAUCGGUGUCAAUGGCUUACUAUGCCUAUGCUUGAUUUAAAUGUUUGUGAAUUUAGUAACCUUACUACACCUUUGGCAAGAGGUUACUGGACUGGAUUCUUGAGUUUGUAGAGAUUUAAUACCCCAUCUUCAGUUUAAUGCUGAAUUUCAAAAUAACAAGUAACUCAAGGUUAUGUGCCAAAUUAUUAUUAGCUUAAGAGCAGAUCCUUAUCAUUAGUGCUUCGUGAGUGUCUCUUUGCCUAUGGAAAAAUACAAGUUCUUGAGCAAUGUUAGCUGGGAAGAGGUUUGCAAGGGGUGUGGCACUGAUUAUUGGUGCCAGACCCUUGGUACAUCUCUCUUAGACUUGUCCCCAAUCUUCACAUGGGCAAAGAAAUGCAGGUCUUGCACUGCCAAUAAUGAGGGCAUGCUUCUAAGCUAACACAAUUUUGAGUCUGAUAUUGCUCAAUUGCAACCCCUUAAAAUCUAGCGUUCAGCUCUUAUUUUCAAUGUAGAUUGUUCUUUCUCAAGAAAUUAUAGAAUAGUGACCAUAGAUUAAUGGUGACAGAUGCUUGUCUUGCUUAACUCAUUUCUCAAUCUUCUACAAGUUGCAGGGUGUUUUGCCCUUAACAUUAAAGUUCUCUAAUCAAUCACUGCCUGUGAUGAAACCCUUUCUGUUAGAAAUAAAAGAAUUAUUUGCUACCUC